GGCUGCCUUAUAAAGCAGCUCGCUGGAGUCCCAGUCUUUCUUCUCAGCAUCCCAGAAUAAGCAAUACAAAGCAUCUUUCAAGAGUACUAGAGAGCAGAAAGCACCUCUCUCAUCAUGAGCCACUCUGGAUUAAGAUCCACAUCAUCCACCUCUUACCGCCGUACUUUUGGUGCUCCUCUUCUGUCCCCUAUGUCCUACUCUUCUUCUUCUUCUUCUAGGUUCUCACCUUCCAGGCACUUUGCUAGCCCCUCGGCUUCCGCUAGCCGUUCCUCAUCCUCAGCCUUCAGAGUAAGGUCCAGCACUCCAAUCCGAGUCGGUUUGGACCGAGUGGACUUCUCAGCGGCUGAAGCCCUCAAUCAAGAGUUCCUGACCACCCGCAGCAAUGAGAAGGUUGAACUGCAGGAACUAAAUGAUCGCUUUGCCAGCUUCAUAGAAAAGGUCCGAUACCUAGAGCAGCAAAAUGCAGUGCUAGUCACAGAGAUCAACCAAGCCAGGUCCAAGGAACCCACCAGGGCAGCUGAUCUGUGCCAGCAAGAGCUCAGGGAGCUCCGCAGACAGCUGGAUGCCCUGGGCAAGGACAGGGACAACAUUCAGGUGGAGAGAGACAACCUGGCAGAUGACCUGAACCUGCUUAAGCAGAGGCUGGAAGAAGAAAUGCACAAAAGAGAAGAUGCAGAGAAUAACCUUGUUCUAUUCAGGAAGGACGUGGAUGACGCAACUUUGUCUCGUCUAGAGCUUGAAAGAAAAAUUGAGUCCCUAAUGGAUGAAAUUGAAUUCCUGAAGAAAAUUCAUGAGGAGGAACUUCAAGACAUGCAGGUGUCAGUGCAAGCUCCAUCAGUUCGCCUGGAAAUUGAAACAGCUACAAAGCAGCCGGAUCUUACAGCUGCACUGCGAGAUAUUCGUAGCCAGUAUGAGAGCAUCGCUUCGAAGAAUCUGCAAGAAUCUGAGGACUGGUACAAAUCCAAGUUUGCUGAUCUGUCAGAUGCUGCAACCCGCAAUAAUGAAGCACUGCGUCAUGCCAAGCAGGAGAUGAAUGACUCACGACGACAGAUCCACAGUUUGACUUCUGAGAUUGAUGGGAUGAAAGGAACAAAUGAAGGUCUGCUGCGUCAGAUGAAGUUCAUGGAGGAACAGUUUGGGGCUGAAGCAGCAAAUUACCAGGAUAAUAUUGCACGGCUAGAACAGGAGGUGCAGCAUAUGAAGGAAGAAAUGUCACGUCACUUAAGGGAAUACCAAGACCUGCUCAAUGUUAAAAUGGCGUUAGAUAUUGAGAUUGCAACCUACAGAAAACUUCUUGAAGGAGAAGAGAGCAGGAUUACUAUCCCCAUGCACUCCAUGGCUUCUCUUAGUAUUAAAAGUCCAGGACCUCCUGUAUUAGAUCACGGCUCUGAGAUUCACACCAGGAAAACUGUUGUCAUUAAAACAAUUGAGACAAGAGAUGGAGAGCAGGUGGUGACUGAAUCCAGGAAGGAUCAACCUGCUGAUGGGGAGAAUUGAAGAAAUGCUACUUGUCAGUCGAAGAGAACAAAUGUCCUAACACCUCUAAAUACCCCAAGCCUAGUGACCAAGGAGCGGCCUGUGCUAUUUUGAGUGACUUUUUUUUUUUCUCCAUUUGAGUGUCUAAUGUACAAGGUUCAGGUUUUACCAAUAUCCACUUACAUCAUGGUAAGCCACCUCUUAAGUGCCUGUGUCCCAGACUGUGGUGUUACCGGUUUUCUGUUCUAAUGCCUUCUCACACUUUGUGCAAAAAUGUUUUGUUUCCACAUUGGUAAUAUAUUACCAAGGAGCAUCAUGCCAUCAUAAUGAAGUAACCAACCAUUUGAUCAAUCUACAUAUAUUGACAUAAGUGUGGGGGUGAUAAUCUAUUGGCAUAUGUACUAGGGAAAAGGUAAUCAUUUGUCUCUUUCAAAUAUACAAACAUAUCAGGUUCUUCUGUGAUUAGCAGUAUUAUUUACCUGUGCUGGACUUUCCUGCCCUCUUGUUGAAAUCCACUUGAAUAUCAAGCUUGCUGGUUGGUUUUGAGCUAUAUCUGCUGUUCAAGACAAGAACAUCGUUAAAGAUAUGAUAGCUGUAAAGCGACUUUGGUGCUAUACAAUCCUUGCCUCUUUGUACUGGCUGGGACACUGUCCAUAUGUCUUGUAGCAAUGUACAUGUGCCAUGUCUGCUUAACCAGCUAAUAAAAUAAUUGCAGCAAUCAAGAAAA